AUGGUGAAUGUAAAUUAUACUUCCUUCCUGAUUCAACGCCCCGAAGCACUUCCGAUAACUUCAAUCAUGUCAUUGCCAUUGACAAUUGAAGACUUACUAGAGUCGGAUAACAGAGACUUACUAGAGUCGAAUAACAGAGACUUACAAGAGUCGGAUAACAGAGACUUACUAGAGUCGGAUAACACAGACUUACUAGAGUUGGAUAACAGAGGCUUACUGGAGUCGGAUAAGAGAGACUUACAAGAGUCGGAUAACAGAGACUUACUAGAGUCGGAUAACAGAGACUUACUAGAGUCGGAUAACACAGACUUACUAGAGUUGGAUAACAGAGGCUUACUGGAGUCGGAUAAGAGAGACUUACAAGAGUCGGAUAACAGAGACUUACUAGAGUUGGAUAACAGAGGCUUACUGGAGUCGGAUAAGAGAGACUUACAAGAGUCGGAUAACAGAGACUUACUAGAGUCGGAUAACAGAGCCUUACUAGAGUCGGAUAACAGAGACUUACUAGAGUCGAAUAACAGAGACUUACAAGAGUCGGAUAACAGAGACUUACUAGAGUCGGAUAACACAGACUUACUAGAGUUGGAUAACAGAGGCUUACUGGAGUCGGAUAAGAGAGACUUACAAGAGUCGGAUAACAGAGACUUACUAGAGUCGGAUAACAGAGACUUACUAGAGUCGGAUAACACAGACUUACUAGAGUUGGAUAACAGAGGCUUACUGGAGUCGGAUAAGAGAGACUUACAAGAGUCGGAUAACAGAGACUUACUAGAGUUGGAUAACAGAGGCUUACUGGAGUCGGAUAAGAGAGACUUACAAGAGUCGGAUAACAGAGACUUACUAGAGUCGGAUAACAGAGCCUUACUAGAGUCGGAUAACAGAGACUUACUAGAGUCGAAUAACAGAGACUUACAAGAGUCGGAUAACAGAGACUUACAAGAGUCGGAUAACACAGACUUACUAGAGUCGGAUAACAGAGACUUACUAGAGUCGGAUAACAGAGACUUACUAGAGUCGAAUAACAGAGACUUACAAGAGUCGGAUAACAGAGACUUACUAGAGUCGGAUAACACAGACUUACUAGAGUUGGAUAACAGAGGCUUACUGGAGUCGGAUAAGAGAGACUUACAAGAGUCGGAUAACAGAGACUUACUAGAGUCGGAUAACAGAGACUUACUAGAGUCGGAUAACACAGACUUACUAGAGUUGGAUAACAGAGGCUUACUGGAGUCGGAUAAGAGAGACUUACAAGAGUCGGAUAACAGAGACUUACUAGAGUUGGAUAACAGAGGCUUACUGGAGUCGGAUAAGAGAGACUUACAAGAGUCGGAUAACAGAGACUUACUAGAGUCGGAUAACAGAGCCUUACUAGAGUCGGAUAACAGAGACUUACUAGAGUCGGAUAACAGAGACUUACUAGAGUCGAAUAACAGAGACUUACAAGAGUCGGAUAACAGAGACUUACUAGAGUUGGAUAACAGAGACUUACUGGAGUCGGAUAAGAGAGACUUACAAGAGUCGUAUAAUAGAGACUUACUAGAGUAG